UGGACGAUUGUAUGAGUCCGUCCCGCACCAGUCUGGGACGGCGAAGUAAAUAGUUUAUGGUAUAUCGUUUCAUUUUUUCUUUAUUUUUAUUUUUAUCAGACAGAGGGUGCCUUAGUUUUCUCGAUUUAAAAGAGCUAUUGGUGUGUCAGGUUUUUUUGUGGUAGUUGCUUCAUCAUAGCUAGCUGACCUACCUCCCAGAAGCUGGAACAUCAUACAAAGUCUUCGGAAGAAAGAACUCCUGAAAGAUUGCGUCGUAAAUGUAUCAGAAACUUGGAGCCCAGUAUGAAGAAGGCGAGCAGGGCCGCGGGCGUCUCUGGCAGGACCACGGCAGGCGCUAAAGCCCAAGGCAAGGCCGAGGUCCCUGGCACUAUGGGCACUGGAGGCAAGGCCACGGUCAAGAUCGGCUCAGCCCUUCUGUCUAAGACGAAGAGCAGUGAUGAUCUCCCAGCAGUGAGUGCAGGAAGUGGAGGAGCCCCAGCAAGCAACAGUAGCACAACAGCCAGGAACAAGAGGAGCACCUACGCCGCUCAGAACACUGCAGAGGUCAAGACCAAGACCAGCUCAGGUCCAGGAAGGCGUGGGAUAUCUUCGGCGGUCCGAGAGCCAGGGCUGAACCGCGAGGGUUUGCGAGAGCGCUCCAGGACCACUGCCGCCAAGAAGCAGUCAGGACCCUCCGACCCCAUGCCCCCGAAGCGCUCUCGCUGCCGUGCCUCCGCCGACUCUGAAGCCCAGCCGGGCAAGUCGCGCUGCGACGGGCAUAUCAGCAACAAGGCCAUGCUGGAGUCCCGGGUGAAGGACCUGCUGGGCCUGGCCAAGAGCAAAGACCUGGAGAUCUUGCACCUGCGCUCGGAGCUGCGUGGCAUGCGGGCCCAGCUGGGCUUAGAGGAGCAGGAUGAACUGGAGGAGGGGUGCCAGACUGAGCACCCGCCAGAGAAGGAGGCUGCCACGUUGAUCAGCGCUGCUGAUGUGGAGUCCACCCUGCUCCUGCUGCAGGACCAGAACCAGGGAAUCCGUGGCGAGCUCAACCUGCUGAAGAGUGAGAACCGCAUGCUGAAGGACCGGCUCAACGCGCUGGGCUUCUCGCUGGAGCAGAGGCUGGAUGGGCCUGACAAGAGCCUGCGCACUGCCUCCCUGAGCCCAGAGCCAGCUGGGGGCAGCAGUGGGGGCGGACCCAGCAGCAGUAGUUGUGCUGGGGUCGGCACCCGGACGUCCUCAGCAGAAGGCUCAGCCGGAGGCUCCACGGAGGACCUGCUAUCGGAGGCAAGACGUGUGGGCUCCCCCGAUGCAGUGGACAGUGAGUGCAGCGAGGCUUACCAACCCGUCACAUCUAGCGAUGACGCGCUUGACGCGCCCUCAGGCUGCGGCUCCUCCUCUGAGUCGGAGGGUGGCUCGCCGGGGCGAAGCCGGACACGAAGGGGCGGCGACGGAGGUGGCUGCGAUGGCAGUGAGGUCUCCGUGGCCUGCCUCACGGAGCGCAUCCACCAGAUGGAGGAGAGCCAGCACAGCACGGCCGAGGAGCUCCAGGCCACGCUGCAGGAGCUGGCCGACCUGCAGCAGAUUGCGCAGGAGCUGAGCGCCGAGAACGAGCGGCUGGGCGAGGAGCGUGCCCUGCUGGUGGACUCUCUGCGGCAGCAGGGCGAGCGCCUCGACCUCUAUGGCCGACAGCUGGACUACUUCCGGGGCCUGCUGGAUGAGCACCACGUGUCUUAUGCCGCCGGCGACGAGGACGCCAAGAGCAGCCGCUACGUGGAGCUGGAGCGUCGCUACGGCGAGCUGAGCGAGGGCGCGCGCUUCGAGCGGGAGCAGCUGUUGGGCGUGCAGCAGCAGCUCAGCGGUGCGCUUAAGCUGGCCGAGCAGGAGAACGUCGAGGCGCAGGGCCUGGUGGCGGCGCUGAAGGAGCGCGUGCGCAUGGCCGAGCGCACCGCCGAGCUGGAGCGCCGGGAGCGCGAGGUGGCCGGCGCUGAGCUGGACGCCCUCCGCCUACGGGCCGAGGACGAGCAGGCCGAGCUGAACCGCUGCCGACUGCAGCUGGAGCAGGAGAGGCAGCGCGUGACCCAGCUCCUCACCAUGCACAGCACUGGCGACAGGACCGACAUCCGCCACCUGCUGGACAGCGAAAGGCUGGAGAAGAAGCAGGCCGAGACAAAAGCGGCAGAGCUGCAGGAGGAGCUGGUGCACACCCGCAGCCAAGCCACCCAGCUGCAGGACGCUGUCAGCAAGCUGGAGGGGGAUUUUCAGACGUUCCGGGAAGAGGUUCAGAAACAGCUGGCUGAGCAGAAGCGGGCUCUGGCCCAGCAGUGCUCCGAGCUGGAGGAGAAGGACACAGAGAUUGCUGACAUGAAGGAGACCAUCUUCGAGCUGGAGGAUGAGGUGGAGCAGCAUCGAGCCGUCAAGCUCCAUGACAACCUCAUCAUCUCUGACCUUGAGAAUUCAAUUAAAAAACUACAUGACCAGAAAUAUGACAUGGAAAAGGAGAUAAAGACCCUUCAGCGUAAACUGCGGGAAGAGUCUGCCGAGUGGCGGCAGUUUCAAGCUGACCUCCAGACCGCUGUGGUUAUUGCCAACGACAUCAAGUCCGAGGCUCAGGAGGAGAUUGGGGAUCUUCGGCGCCGCCUGCAGGAAGCUCAGGAGAAAAACGAGAAGAUGAACAAAGAGCUGGAUGAGCUCAAGAGCAGAAAGCAGGAUGAGGAGCGCGGCCGUGUCUAUAACUAUAUGAACGCGGUGGAGCGGGACCUGGCUGCCCUCAGGCAGGGCAUGGGCCUGGGUCGCCGAUCCUCUACCUCCUCCGAGCCCUCCCCGACUGUCAAGACCCUCAUUAAGAGCUUCGACAGUGCCUCGCAAGCUCCUAUUCCAAGCAGUCCAGCAGCUGCUGUUCCAGCCGUAGUGGCUGCUGCCAUUCCCAGAACCCCCCUCAGCCCCAGCCCCCUGAAAACUCCACCUGCUGCUGCUGUCUCCCCCAUGCAGAGGCACACAGUCACCACACCCAAGUCCCUCUCCUCACUAGUGGACAAGAGAGCAAGCUACACGGAGCUGUGCAUGUCAGUUUCUCGCAGGAGCAGUGAGGAGUUGAAGAGGGAUCUCUCAGUCACAGACUCGGCAGCGCCCACGUCAAUCAUGUCUCUAGGGUCCUCCUCCCCUCAGCUCUCUCUGUCUUCAAACUCCUCCUCCCCCACAGCCUCUGUCACGCCCACUACACGUGGGCGUCUACGAGAAGAGAGGAAGGACCCUCUGUCUGCUCUAGCCAGACAGUAUGGAGGAUCAAAGAGGAACGCUCUCCUCAGGUGGUGUCAGAAGAAGACAGAAGGUUAUCAGAACAUAGAUAUCACCAAUUUCAGCAGCAGCUGGAACGAUGGCCUGGCCUUCUGUGCGGUCCUCCACACUUACCUACCCGCCCAUAUCCCGUACCAUGAGCUCAACAGCCACGACAAGAGACGAAACUUUACCUUGGCAUUCCAAGCUGCAGAGAGUGUGGGAAUUAAGUCCACACUGGACAUUGGUGAGAUGGUACACACAGAAAGACCAGACUGGCAGAGUGUGAUGACUUAUGUCACGUCCAUCUACAAGUACUUUGAGACCUGAGUCUCUGAAUCUUGUUGCCGAUGCCCAUACGUGACAAUCAACACUUGCCUGCUUGCCUUUAGCUCAAGGCCGCCUAUAUUAAAGCUAUUUAAGUUGCUACACAAACAAAUGUUAUGACUGUACUUCCCAGAUGCCUCUUGCCUGGGGGAAGGGGUUUGGUGGUCCACCCUCCUUUAAAGGUUGACCUUUCACAAAGCCACAUGAACUUGCAACAACUUUUUUUUUUUUUUUUUUUUUGGUCAAACACUACGUAGUUACACAUGUUCAUCACAUGCUCACAUGUGCUUAAAUGUGCAGGUAAUCUGAUCAGCUAUCAGGCAGUGCUUCUGUGUAAAAGGCCCAACUCCAUUGUGUUUUGUUUCUUGAUAAGCUAUUCUUCCUUCUUUUUGGCCAGGCAGCUCCACGUGAACUUCCUUUUGAUUAUAAUUUUUUUUUUUUUUUAUGUCAGCAGAAUGUCAGUAUCCUCAUUAUACGUAAUUCAUUCCAUUGUGCCAUUUGUGCUGUUUAAUAAGCUUUAACAGUAGGAUUAUGGAAGAGGAUUUCACUCAUGGUUUGCUGUUCCUUGGCUUUGGUGGUCAUUGUGCCUUGUCCAUAACAGUGAUUCUGUAAUUGAAAUCUUGGUUUCUUGGUACGUAUUUAUUUUAAAAAGUGAUGCCCCUAAAAGCUUCCCUUGCCACUAAGCUCAUAAAGAACUUGAGUUUAGUUGUUUUGAGUCAGUGUCCUUCAUGACAGUUGGCCCUUUUCCCUCGUUCUCUCCACAUUUCUACUUUUGUAGAAAUUUCAUGCCUUUUGUCAUGCAAAAGGAACAGGUUUUUGUAUGCAAAUAUAAGGAAGUUUCGGGUAUCAGUAGGAUGGAAAACACUUCCCUAAGUUGGCUGCCUUUACUGAAAUCCAGAGCUGCUUUAUCCCUUUUAUUAGUACCUCACUGCUUACACAAGUGAUCUCUAGCCCACUCGCUGCCUCAGAAGUGCAAAAGUACUGAAUGCGUUUUCUGAUUGUAAUCAGCACCAUGCUGGGUUUCACAGACCAUGUCUGCUUUGCCCUGUUCUACAAGCAUACCUAACUUCCAUAACCAACUCCUAUUGCAGACUUUUCUUACUGGUGUAAAAGCACAAAACAGGACUCAAUGUGUGUAUUCUCAGUAAAAUGUGAAGCUUCUCUGUUGUUUUGCAUAUCUUUGAAUGCAUUACACGACUUUAUAUUUGAGGCUCAAUCUAAACUUUGCUUCUGCACAAACACAAAGCCCAGAGCACCAUGCACACUUUUGAUAAAGGUAAGGGUUUUUUGUUUUUAUUUGUUUGCCUGCUUUUUGAGAUGGCUUGUAAAGCACAAUGCUUGCUAUGGUAAGUGCAAAGGCCUACCUGCUCUAAUGUCUUUUCUGCAUUGCCUUAAAAAUAUUGUUUUAUAAAGACAUUCUGCCCAAAUAGGUCUGCCACCUUCUGUUGGCAGAGUCAAAUAUCUUUGAAGUUGUUAAGAUUUAUGCCAAGACCCAGAACAAGGGAUAUUUUAAUUUGUACAUUUCAGCAUUUGAAGUGCAAAUAUUUUUUUAUGUCAAAUGUCCAUUAUCUUGAAAAAAAGAAGAUACCACCUGUAAUUUAUUCCAGACAGUGUUUUGCUGAGUUUGGAUGAUGGAAAAAGAGGGUACCUGAAAAUAUUACAUCUAGAUUUGAUUACAUCGCUUGAAGCUGCUGCUCUUGAUGACUUCAUGUUUUGAAACAUUAUGCUAUGUCCUGAUGCAGAUCAGGUUGAGGUUUCAGUUGCAAUUUGAUUUAAUUUAACCAGGUAUACAAAUGGGGGUGCCGAUGGAAAAUUAUUUUUUCAUUAACUCUUAUUUCUAAUUCACCUCCCAGGGCUCUGAGAUUUCGUAAGGUUUCAUCCACUGAAAUGCAUUUUUUUGUAUCAUGUUUGUUGGUUUUAUCAUGUGAGUGAGUUUGAAUUCAUUACCGUGUGAGUGGAUGGGAAUGUAUUGUAGAAAUUUUCAUUACUGUUUUUACGCUCUUUUAGCACUCUUCACACGUCCUUUCUUGCUACAUUCAUUUGAUCUCCUUGUUUUCAGUUAAAGAAAUUGUCUGAACUUCCUGUUGAGCAUUUUCUUACAACCAUUUCUAGACCAGCAAGUCUAAUACCAAUAAAUUUCUCAGAUUAUUCA